AACAGAUUCCAGCCGAGGAAGUUGUGUGGUGCAUGUAUUCACUUUCUUCUUCACUGUCUUCAUCCCCGUAAAGAUUGGUUUUUACACAAAAUGACUUACCUGGGGCCGCCAAGAAUCCAUUCUGUCGUAGCAGCACGAAGCGCCGCUCUCAAGAUCAAAGAACUGUCAUCGGGUCUUCUUUCCGAGCAGAAGAAAAUAAGCGACGGGGGAGAGUUUGCAGUGACGUACUGUGAUGAUCCAUCAAACCAAGUACAGAACUCUCCUCAGCCCGGCAAAGAGGAACUACUAAUAAGGAACCGAUCUGCUACAAUGAACACGGCUUCGACAAGUGAUCAUGUUGAAGGAACAGAGAAGUAUGCUGCCUAUCAUUUUUUAGAAUCAGAAGAAGGCGGAACUCGAAGACAAAGAUCGAACACAAUGAUGACGAUUGGUUUCCAUGCAGCAGCAUCGUCAGAUUCAGAGUCUUUCAAGAUACCACAUUUCCGAUCUGGGGAGGGUGCGUCUCGAAGAAAAAGACACACACAAUCAAGGAGGACAUCCACUGCUACUCAAUCUAGUGGACAAGAACGAAUCCCGCAGCAAGGAACUCUACAGAACUCUUUUCGCAUGGAGCCAAAGAGAAUGUUUGAGCACUGGAAAGUUACAGAGAUUAUCAAGAAAACAUUUGAGGAAACUUUGCCACAGGAACCCGAUGAUCGUCGCAAUUAUCACCAAAUGUGUAUAAUUCUUGCAGACUUAAUCAAAGAGCAGGUUAAAUGUUUGGAUUUUUCCAGGUAUAAAAUAAUCUGUAUUGUUUCUGUAGGUCAAAAGAAAGGAGAAAGCGUACGAAUGGUUAGCAGAUGCGUUUGGGAUCCAAGGCAUGACAGCUACGCACAAUAUUAUUUUGAAAAGGGAGACUUGUUCGCCAUUGGCGUAGUGUAUGGUGUUUAUUAUGAGUGACGGAGAUGCUUAGCAAACAACUGAACGUGUCAUGAAAAAGUCAAAAUGGCCGCCUCGUGGCAGACAGUAUGUUUGAAAACCUAACAGCGUCUAGAAAAAGAACCUGCGGACCAUGGUGAGCAAUUUGAGAAGCGUCUUUGUUAGAAAUCAGACAGGUCGCAAUGCAAAACAGCGUACACGUAGUUUGAUCGAUACAUUUGAAGUUUUGAAGAGAAAGGUGAACGACUCUGCUAACGUCUACUUUGACUUUACUGCAGGCCCCUCCUUAGAAACACAGAGGCAAAACGUUUGCGCAUGUGCAAACUUGGCUAAGAUUCAAUGGGGGCCAAAGUGUUUCACUGGAGUUAUAGCUAUUGCAGCCUGUAAUUUAUAUACUUAUAACUUUUCUGGUGAAGCUGAAAACAGAAAUGUAGGCGGAUCAACAGUUUGCCUGUAGUUAGAUAUUUUCUGCGCUCGAAAAGUCUCCACUUUCCUUUGUUUCAUUCUCAACUUUCUCUCUAAGUUUCAACUCUUUAUAUAACAAAUUCUCUUUUUUUUAUGUACGUCUCUUUAAAAUUCUGCGCGGAAAAUCGGCGCGCGGUUGGCCAAAGUUGAUCUACGUGGGCACGACCGACGUUUUAUCGCUGUCUACAUUAGGGAACUUCAACCAUGUAGAAUACUCGAACCUAGCCUCCCCUCCUUUUUUUCUAUACAUCUUUUCUAGUCGUCUUGGGGUCAGCCUGUCUUAACGUCACUUACAUUUUCCAGUUCGUUAUCGUGUACGUGAUAGAAAUUAAAAUUUAAUUGUUCCAUUUUUUGGCCAAAGACAAAGGCAUGACGGGUUCCGACGUCGACUGGAUGGCGUCGGUAACACUCAGUGCACGCCAAAUGUUUUUAACGAUUCUCUUUAUAGUAAAUCAUACUCUAUGUUUCAUUAAAAAAUUAGAUAUUCUGUUUCAUUGAUCAGUUUUAGGAUGAAUUUUAUAUGCAAUGAAGUAGAUGCGGGAAGGACCAUGCUUAUCAAUAUAAGAGUUUUACAAGGAGUUUUUCAAUUAUGCGCCAAAUUGAGACAUAUUUGUUUAUCAUAAACUUGACAACAGUUCAGUCUUGCGACGUCCGAUCAAAGUGCGAAAAUUCAAAUUUAUCACAAUUCCAAAGUUUUUUCUAAGCUUGAGGCUGGUUUUUCUGUUCAGCAAGAAUAUAUCCAUCGUUCUGCCCCGUUUUAAUACUACUUAUCUCUGUAAGAAUCGAUUUCAAACCGUCAAGCGUCAUUAAUUAUAUUCCAACAACCUACGGCGACCUUGAUAACCACUUGAGCUAUGUGUGUCUAUAGAUUAACGAUGAUUACAAGUUUUGAAAAGCUGUUUUUUAAUCAAUUUAGGAUUAUUUUGAACAGCGCAUAAAAAAUAACGUGUAGAUAAAUGCUUAACUAUUAAAAAAGACGUAUCUAGUCAAAUGCGUCGAGA